AUGAAGAAGAGGAGUUUGUUUCCAAAAAUACUCUGUUUUGUCCUCAUAAGCUUUGGUGGUGGUUAUUCAGUUUCAGCACAAACAUGUUUGAAUAAUGGGAAUUUCAGAUCCAACGGCACUUACGACGCAAAUCGCAGACUCAUCCUCUCCUCUCUUCCUUUCAACGUCACAGAUCAAGAUGGCUUCUUCUACAAUGGUUCGAUCGGUCAAGAACCGAACCGUGUCUAUGCAAGAAGGAUGUGCAUCCCAGGAUCAACUUCGGAGGACUGUUCUAAUUGUAUCAAGAACGUAUCUGAUGGUUUGAUACAGAGUUGUCCUAACCAAACAGAAGCAUAUUGGUGGCGAGGUGAGCCCACGCUUUGCCUUGUCCAUUACUCCAACACAUCUAUCUCCAGUUCAGCAAAUCUGAACCCGCGUGUAGUUCUCACAAACACAGGAGAUCUAACCUCAAAUCUAAUAAAUUUCAGGAGGUGA